AAAAGAAGAAGAAAAAAAAAAGAGGAAAGAGACGAGGGGUGUUAUGAAACUUUUGACUUCAGAAGUGAUGGCAGGCGUACGAUGUGGCAUGUGGCAUAAACUUCAUUUAAGUUCUGAUAUUAAUUUGUAGACUCAACACAACAGCCACUGUCCGCUUUUUAAGUAGUUUGGUUUGCUGCAAUGAGCUCCUCCGUCUCUUAUUAACUUAUUCUUUUUAAAAAAAAAAAAAAAAAAACUCAGGUGUGAAUAAACCCACCUCCAAAAGAAAAGAAGGAAAAGAAAAAAAGAAGAAGAAGAUGAAAAAAAAAAGAUGGUAACUUUGAAACAUGGUCAGUGCAGAGAGAGGAGACUUUAAAAGAAAAAGAAAAAGAAAAGGGUGAAGAUUGAUUAAAAUGAACUAAUUUAAUUGCUAUUUGCAACCACAAAAUUUCCAUUAGUUUUAUUUUGAGGCCUAUCUCUCUCUCUCUCUGAUUCUCAGUCCUUGGCGAAAAUAAUAAUAAAAAUGAUAACAAUAAUUGAGAAUUAAAUCAGAAAAUUGAAGCCUAUUUUUUUGGUGGGGGCGACCAUUAGGGAUCCAACUCGGCGCCGGCGGGAUGAUGGUCUGGUCAGGUUGAGAUGGUCAGCCAUGGUUUGCGAAUGAGGGAAUUGGCCAUUGCAUUUGCAUUUGCAUUUGCUGCUAAAUCACAAAUUCACAAUCAAAAAAGCUAACCCAAAAAAAAAAAGAAAGCAAUGAAGGCCAGAAAUGAAGUUCCUUCAGACUCAAACCGCCACAUCAUUGACAGCCAUCAAUAUCAAUACGAAUAUGAUCCCUCCAUCCGAGUUUAUCAGCUUUGGAAAGGCAGCAACAGAUUUUUCCUCAACGGCAGACUUAUUUUCGGUCCGGACGCGAGAUCGUUAUUCCUCACCGUGUUCCUCAUCCUUGCUCCAGUGAUCCUGUUCUCCGCAUUUGUUUCUCAAAGACUCAUUGUUGAAUUCCAUCACAAUCUCGGCAAUCUUAUUGUCGCCAUAUGCAUUAUCUUCACCAUUUUUAGUUUGGUUAUUUUACUAUUCCAGGUUAUUAUUCUCCUCUUCCUUACAUCCGGAAGAGAUCCCGGCAUUAUUCCUCGCAAUCAGCAUCCUCCAGACCCAGAAGAGGGACAUGUUGGCUCUAGCAUCUCAUCUGAUUGGCCGUCAAAUCACGAUGGAGCUCCAAGUUUUCCCCCCACAAAAGAUGUUAUAAUUAAUGGGCACAUAGUUAAGGUCAAAUAUUGUCAGACGUGCAUGUUGUAUCGCCCGCCCAGAUGCUCCCAUUGCUCCAUAUGCAAUAAUUGUGUUGAGCGUUUUGAUCACCAUUGCCCAUGGGUGGGACAGUGUAUUGGGAAGAGGAAUUACAGAUUAUUUUUCAUGUUUGUCUCCUCCACAACCUUGCUGUGCCUUUAUGUUUUUGCCUUCUGCUGGGUAAACAUCAGGAAAAUAAUGGAUGCUUACCAUUGUAAUCUCUGGAGGGCUUUUAUGAAAUCUCCAGUCUCAGGAAUUCUGAUUUUCUACACAUUUGUAGCAUCUUGGUUUGUAGGGGGUCUCACCGUAUUUCAUCUCUAUUUAAUUUGCACCAAUCAGACAACAUAUGAAAACUUCAGAUAUCGCUAUGAUAGGAAAACAAAUCCUUAUAACCGUGGGUGCGCUCGCAAUUUUGUGGAGAUAUUCUUGUCUAAAAUUCCAAGCUCAAAAAACAAUUUCAGGGCUAAGGUGAAGGGGGAGUCAUCUUCUGUGUCCAACACUCCAAUGUCAUUGGGGCAUUUGAGGAGCCUGGAGAUGGCCAAAACAAGUAUAGAGAUGGAGAUGGGAAAGCGACAUGGUGUUGCUGCCGAAGAUUUUGAAGAUUUACAGAGUCAGAUGGACAGUGUUGGUGGAUUGGAGAGGUGCGGUACCGAGCCAAAACAUCAUACAAACUGGGAUCACAAAGCUAACUGGGAAAUUACUCCUGAUAUACAGAUGUUGGCUGCAGAGUUCGGUAUGGGAUAUGGUACAACGGACAGACAGAAAAUCCACGGACGCCUUUGAAGUUUAAUGGUCUUGAGCUAGUCCUUAAUUGUCCUUGAGCAUGAACUAACUCAAAAGUUGUUUUUUUAUUGCUCUGUUUUGUCAUUUCAUAUUUUGCAAAGGUAGAGAUUGUAGGUCCAGGUACAUGCUUUUUUUGGGUGAUUUCUGUAAUGCAGUGGUUUAUGAUGAGGAUUGGACUGAUUAAAUGUCGAUAUAUUUAUUAAUGUUGAAGAAAGAAAGAGA